UACAUCGUGCAUGAGCAGAGUUUCUUUCCGAUAUAAGACUCGCGCUGAAACGUCAAGAUGUUGAUGCCAAAAAAGAACCGUGUAGCAAUUUAUGAAUACCUUUUUAAGGAAGGUGUUAUGGUUGCAAAGAAAGACUACCAUGCACCAAAACAUCCAGAAUUGGAAACUAUUCCAAAUCUUCAAGUUAUUAAGGCAAUGCAGUCUCUAAAAUCUAGAGGGUACGUCAAAGAACAGUUUGCCUGGAGACAUUUCUAUUGGUAUCUGACAAAUGACGGAAUUGAAUAUUUGCGUGGAUACCUGCAUCUACCUCCUGAAAUUGUACCUUCCACUUUGAAGAGGCAAACCAGGUCAGAAACCACGAGGCCACGACCAGCAGCAGCUACGAGAAGCGAAACCUCUAGGCCGACGGAAGAUCGUGCCGGAUAUAGACGAGGACCCGGAGGUCCAGCAGGGCCUGGUGACAAAAAAGCUGAUGUUGGCGCGGGUACAGGUGACGUUGAAUUCCGUGGUGGCUUCGGUCGCGGUAAACCACAAUAAUAUUUUAAUGUAAAAUAAAUAAAUCUUUCAUAAACUAA